AUGCUCGUAUCAAAGAGUAUUUCAACUUUCUUACUCCUCUCACUGGCAAGUAUACUUCCUAGUCAAGUAUCUGCCUUAACAUUAGACUUAAAUGACACGGAAUCAUUACAAAACGCUACGUCUUUGGUGGCAUAUGGUCUUAUGGACUAUUACACGGGGAACCAAUAUGGGAAAACUGUCGGGAUGUUCUCUGAUCCAUAUUAUUGGUGGCAAGCAGGUGGUGCUUGGGGGUCCAUGUUAGAUUAUUGGUAUUAUAUGAAUAACGAUACGUAUAAUGAUGAUAUUAUGGCUGCUCUUUUGCAUCAAACAGGUGAUGAUAACGAUUACGUCCCCUUGAAUCAAUCUACCACGGAAGGUAAUGAUGAUCAAGCAUUUUGGGGGAUCGCUGUAAUGACUGCUGCAGAAAGAAAUUUUACUAACCCACCGGAAGAUCAACCACAAUGGCUUUAUUUGGCACAGGCUGUCUUUAAUACCAUGGCGAUGAGAUGGGAUAGUGACACCUGUGGUGGUGGGUUGAGAUGGCAAAUUUUCAUUUGGAAUUCGGGUUAUGAUUAUAAGAAUACCGUUUCCAAUGGUGCCUUGUUCCAUAUUGCCUCUAGAUUGGCAAGAUACACGGGGAAUCAAUCCUACGUGGACUGGGCUGAAAAAGUUUAUGAUUGGAUGUAUGACGUUCAUUUAAUUUCUAAUGGUUCUUACAUGUACGUCUAUGAUGGUGUCAACAUUGGUGAUAAUUGUACCACUGUAACUCCAUACCAAUGGACCUAUAAUCAAGGUUUAUUAUUGAGUGGGUGUGCUUAUCUAUAUAAUUUCACAGGUGAAGAAUUAUGGCACAACAGAACAAAGAAUUUAUUAACUGCUGCAGGUGUUUUCUUUAACAAUAGUAUUCUUUAUGAAGCCGCCUGUCAAGGUCAUAACACUUGUAACACAGAUCAACGUUCAUUUAAAGCUUAUUUCUCACGUUUCUUGGGGACCACUGCUCAAUUGGUGCCAGAGACAAGAAAUCAAAUCAUGCAUUGGAUUAAUACCUCUGCCGUGGCAGCUGCUCAAUCUUGUUCAGGUGGUACUGAUGGUCACACGUGUGGUAUCAAUUGGUUCGCUGAUGGGUGGGAUGGGAUGUACGGUCUAGGUGAACAAAUGGCAGCUUUAGAAAUUAUGGUGAAUACAAAGGCUUUAAGUAAGGCUGCUCCUUAUACAAGUUCUAAUGGUGGGUCAUCAGUAGGUGACGGUGCCGCUGGUACUGAACCUCAUCCUACAAAUUUAGCCCCAUUACAUAUAACAAAGGGUUCAAGAGCCGGUGCAGGUAUUAUUACUGCGGUCAUCGGUAUCUCUAUUGUAACUUGUGCAUUAUGGUUAGUAUUCUAA